AUGUUGAACUCGAAACAACAACGGUUCGGGUGUGUUAUAGGAAAACAUGGCCCAAAAGCAAACCAGACGUUGACGCUUGCAUGUCUUUACAAUACGAAAAAUACGGACGGUCUACUGAAUCAUGAUGGCAGUUUGUGUUCGGAUUGCGAAUAUGGUCGCCAGUGUGACGAUGGACUCUGUGCCGUCGUCUACAAUGAUUUUGAUGGAGAACUUACUUUAAAAUGA